CUUUAUAUAUUUGACCGCUGGGUUCUGGGACGCGAACGAAGCAUGCUGCCCGGCUGGAGAGUCCGGUUUUUUCCCCACAAAUAUAUAUUUAUUUUGUUAAAGUGCUGAUCGCUUACAAAGUACAGUUCCUGGAACAAUGAUUUUGCUUGACCCAGUCGGACGAGCAGCAGUCACCCGCCGUUUGAUUUCAAGUUUGUUUAUUGUUGUUUUUUUAACACGCGCGUGAUUAUCAAUCCUCUCAAAUUGAAACCUCCUCGGUUUCAUCGCCUCUACCUCGGAUUCUUCUCGCCUCUAAUAGCGAAAGGGUUGGUCGAGGGUCGGGGGAGGUCGUGAGGUCGACGGAGCAAAGCGACUCCUCGUGACCCCGAUCAUGGCCGAGUCCUCCGUCGACCAGAAGCUCCGCUGCGCCGUGUGCCUCGACACAUUCCGCGAGCCGGCGAGCCUCGACUGCGGCCACACCUACUGCAAAGCGUGCAUCGAGAGCCACUGGCGAGCACAGUCCGAGGGCCGUGGCUACACGUGCCCUCUCUGCUGCAAGGUCUACUACACGAUGCCCACGCUGAGUAGGAACAUCGUCAUCGCCGACGUCUUGGAGCAGCUGGCCGAGGGCGACGGCGGUGGCGGCGCCGAGUCGAGAGAGGGUGCGACCGGGACGUGCCCUCGCCACGGACAGACGCUGGGUCUCUACUGCAGGACGGACGGGCGGUUGAUCUGCGUCGACUGCACGAGCGCGCACAGCAGGCACGACAUCGCGCCCGCAAGAGACGAGCGCCGCGCGAAGGGCAGCCAACUGAUCGCGCUCAAGGAGGCACUGGGCGGGAAGGACGUGGCGAUAACCGCCGGCAUCGCUGAUCUCGAGCAGACGACCCGCCUGAUGGAGGAUGGAGCGGCGGGCACCAAGUCGAGACUGAGUGGCCGAUAUGAAGAGCUCCUCGAUCUCAUCGCGGGGGACCGGGAGUCGGCGUUGGCGGCCGUGGACGACGAGCUCGCCUCGAGGCUGGUGGGGGUUUGCCGCGAGAUUGAGAGGCGACGGGCAGCUCAGCUCGAGCUCCGCGAGGCGCUCGGGAAAAUCCAAAGCCUGGAGGUCACCGAGGAUCCCGUGGAUUUUCUUCAGAGGUUCGCCCAAGACUCCGAGAGGUUCGCCGCCCUGGCGAACGCGCCGGCGGAGCCCUCCCCUGCGCCGAGGACGCAGUUUUCCACGGCGGUUCCUCUGGAGACAAGGCUCGGCGAGCUGCUGGAUGUCUACAGGGGCCCCGCGAAGCCGGCGCCUUCCCCGCCGCCGCCUUCCCCGCUGCCGCCAACGCCGCCGCCGCCGCCACCGACGCCGCCGCCGCCGUCCCGAAAGAUCGUCGCAGGCGAUGACGGAGACCGGCCGAGCAUCCCGCCGCGAGUUCCGCUCAAGCGGACCGAUCUGAGCGAGGCCCAGAACAGCACCACGUUGCCGCCGCACAGAGGGCCGAAGGGUCCCCACGUGGCAGCAGGGUCCAGGGUCAGCGCGAAUGGACCGCCGGACGUCACGCUGGACGGCUUCAACAGGGCUCAACUGAUUAAGCGAUGUGGAAAAUCGCCCAGCCUGGAUCCAAGCUCGGCUCACAGGGAACUCCGCAUCUCCGGAGACCUCAAGACGGCGACGCUGGCGUCCAAGGAGACCAACGUCGUGCUGAAGCGCCUGCUGAGCCGCGACAACUCCGCCCGCUUCGACGAGUGGGAGCAGGUGCUCUGCUCCGACGCCUACUCCUCGGGCCGCCACUACUGGGAGGUGGACGUGGCCUCCGCGGGCCGCGCGUGCCGCGUCGGGGUCUCGUACGCGUCCAUCGCGAGGAAGGGCGGCGGGCCCGCGUGCCGCCUCGGGAUGAACGACGUCUCGUGGUGCCUGGAGAAGCACGGCGAGAGGGUCGCGGCGUGGCACGCCGGCGUCGCGGCGACUCCGGCGGCGGCGGCGGGGGCGGCGGGGAGGCCGCUGCGGAGGAUCGGCGUGUACCUGGACUGGGACGCAGGGCUCGUCGCGUUCCACUGCGCCGAAACGAUGGAGCCCCUCCACGCGUUCCGCUGCGCUUUUGCUCAGCCCCUGUUGCCCGCCUUCCGCAUCGAGGGGCUGCUCGUCCAGGGGCGUUUCGUCGGCGGUGGGAAUCUGUCGAUUGUUGAAUUCAAGAGAGAUUCGAGGUAGAGAGUACAGAGGGGUUUUUUUGUGUGUG